AUGCAGGUAAAUCCCAAAGAAAGACGCAAUCGCAAACUGCCAGAUCACCGGCGGUCAAAGCCAAAAAGUCGAAGCGAAUUCGGUUCACAAUGUGCGAAGGCUGUGAUUUCUAUUGCAGGCACCCUGGUGCCAGAGAAGACGGCGUCAUCUAUGAGACAUAGAGUUGAGAGAGACAUGAUGAUAUCCAACGAUGCUCCAGCGAGAUCAGGAUCUUCGUCGCGAGAAUGCAAGCAUGCAUUGCCCAGUUCGUCCUCAUUGUUCAAUGCGGAGAGACAUGGCUUUGUGCGUCACGAUCUACCAAUCCAAUGCGGUUGGCUCUAG